AUGGAACUUUUCAGCUUAACACAAGAUGCUGAUUCAAAUCAACGCUUAGCUUAUUGUUUCCUUAGAGCUCUUACCAAUCGUGCAGCAAAAACUGGUACCUGCAAAAUGCUAGUAGAACAAGUUUAUUCAAGCGCUCAUAACAGUCUCACAGUAGAUACACACAGAUUCUCAGUCAUUGAGCUAGCUCAUUUUGUCGAUUUAACACCUUGGCAUCGAUUUGGUUUCGCAGCAGCUAAUGCAGCCAUACUUGAAGCAACGGAAGGUUUCUCGGUUAUUCAUAUUGUUGAUUUGAGUUCAACUCAUUGCAUGCAGAUUCCUACAUUAAUCGAUGCUAUCGCUAAUCGUCACGAAGUUGCUCCUUUAAUCAAACUCACGGUUUCUGAUCAUGCUAAUAGCAGUGAUCACGAACUUCCACCUAAACUUGAUCUUUCUUACGAAGAAUUAGGAUCUAAGUUGGUGAAUUUCGCUAGGUCGAGAAAUGUAACAUUGGAAUUCAGAGUAGUUUCUUCGAGUUACACAAAUGGUUUCGCUUCGUUGAUUGAACAUUUGCAAGUUCAACGUUUAGUUUAUUCCGGUGAAGCCUUGGUUAUUAACUGUCACAUGAUGCUUCAUUAUAUUCCAGAUGAAACCCUAUCGAAUUCAAACUCUUAUGUUUAUGAUUCUAUAUCUUCUUCUUCUAGUAUAACUUCUGCUACUACUACUACUACUUCACUAAGAUCGUUGUUUCUUAAGGCGCUUCGAGGUUUAGAUCCAACACUAGUUGUAUUAGUAGAUGAAGAUGUUGAUUUAACUUCAAACAACUUGGUGAAUAGAUUAAGGUCAGCAUUUAACUAUCUAUGGAUACCUUAUGAUACGGUCGAAACUUUUCUGCCGCGCGGAAGCAAACAAAGGCAAUGGUAUGAAGCUGAUAUAUGUUGGAAGAUAGAGAAUGUGAUAGCUCAUGAAGGUGUUCAAAGAGUGGAGAGAGUUGAGCCUAUAGGAAAAUGGGAACAAAGAAUGAGAAAUGCGAAUUUUCAAGGGAUUGGAUUUGGUGAGGAAUGUGUUGGUGAAGUGAAAGCUAUGCUUGAUGAACAUGCUGCUGGGUGGGGGUUGAAGAAAGAAGAUGAGUGUAUUGUGCUUACAUGGAAAGGUCAUAAUGUUGUCUUUGCUUCUGCUUGGUUGAAUGCUUAAUUAGUUCAACAUUUUUUAACCUUUGUAUUAUUCUUUGCAUAAUAAUGUUGUUGUUUUUCUAUUUAGUGUUUGGUUUUUAAUAGCUUUUUGAAAUGGAUUUUUAAGGGUAAAUAAGUAGAUGAAGAUGAUAUGUUUGUGUUUUUAUUUUGUUGUAUGUUUUUAUUUUUGUUAAUUAGAUUAGAUCUUUUCUUGUGGUGAGAUUGAGAAAUAAGAUUGAGAGAAAUUAAAAUGAGAGAAUAUGGGGAAGAGACAAAGGUUCAAGAGAAGGAAACAAAAGUUGUAAGGAACUGUUAUCUUGUAUUCAUAUUUUUCUCUAAGCUGAUUUCACACAAAAUCCACGAUGUAUCUAUUCCC